CAGUUUUGUGUGUCAUACUUUAUGUGCUGCCAGCAAGACAUACUUGCUGACUGCAAAUAUUUUUUCAGAUUUACAGACCCUGUCUGCAGAUAUUUGAAAUUUUUACCUGGCAUCUCUGUUGCUCACAGUUGUUUCCAGUAGACUCGUGGUUCAGAUGAAUAGUAUGUCAGUGGCGGAUAUGAGGCUACGAUCCUCGAGCCAAAAACAAGAAAAUACAACAACAACAACAAGAUGAAUAGUAUGUUGAGGAAUUUUUUAAACCUCAAACUCUCAGGUAUCAAUUAUGUAAUAAGUCGACAGUUUCACGUUACGAUUGUUUGCAAUGAAAUCCGCAAGCUUGCCCGAUUACGUGUCGUGGAUAACAGUGAAAUCGGUAAGCUGGCGAUGGCCGAAGGGAAACCACCUAAAUGCAUUCACGUGUAUAACAAAAAAAUGGUUGCAAAGGUGGGCGAUAAAGUGCUGGUAGCAAUCAAAGGAGAAAAGAAAAAGGCUAUUCUUGUAGGAUGUAAACAACGACAGCAACCGAAAAUUCCUAAAUUUGAUAGUAAUAACAUUGUUCUGAUUGACGAUAACGGUACACCUCUCGGUACCAGGAUACAUGUACCGAUUCCGACUAUACUGAGAACGAUUCUUAAACAAAAGACACAAUCCAAAGGAGCAGACUACACCAAAUUGCUAGGAAUUGCCAGCAGAUUCGUUUAAUAUACCACUAGAUAAGAACACAUAUUGCAAAUAUAAAACAUUUUAUUAAACA